GUUUAAAAACAUUCAAAAUAGCGGUCUGAAAUGCUCCCGAAUUAUUACUUUGAAUAUGUAAGUUGUAAGUUGAUAGCGUGACAUGGAGUUGUUAGCAAUGUAGCACUGUGUUUAAACUAGUUACUCGUAUUUAGCAUACUUAGUGUACAUUUACGACAGUAAUUACAUUUGUUGUAUGUUACAGCUACCGCACACAUAUACAUGCACGCCAAAGAAAGCGGAUGUUUCUUUAUUGGUACUCUGGGUAAUGUAAUUUAAGAUAAAUGUACUUAUUUUCGGUGUAUGUUUUUGCAUACUUAAAUGUAGCAAAUUGUAAAUCCUAAUGAAGAGCGACAGCGUCGUGUUUUUUUAUGUAUUUUCCGGUUUAUUUACGCACGCGCAUUAGAAAGCCGCUUUUGUGAUGUUCGUAGUGGCAUUGAAUGCAUCUCGGGUUCUUGCGACGAGAAUGAGGAAGUCUCGUUGCCAGGAUUAAUGGACUCCAGACGUGUGAGUUGGCUAAAUACAAUAUAUGGUGUUGGAAUUGUACAACUGUUGAUGUGUUCAGGUCAGAAUGAAGUUAUAAAAGAGUGUCAGACUGCUGGUGUAAAAAAAUGUAACAAAUAAAAUCACGUGGUGGUGUGUAUUGGUGUAAUGAGGGACGGCUGGUCAAUCUUCCAAGGUGUGUGCCAUUAUUAGGCAACUUCAUUUCCUCCAAAGACUCCAAAGGGUGAAAUGUUAGCAAAGGUGAAGCUCUCCCCAUAAUGCCGUGGUAUUGAGCUCCAGGCCAAAAGAAGCCGGAAUGACACCAAGCUGGGCUGGAUCAGCAGACUAGCCCGGCUUUGAACCUGAGGUCCAGUGAAGACAUGGAGUUCACCUUCUUGUUACCCUCCGGCGGCAGAGAGUGCUUUUACCAAACCACAGCAAAGGACCACAGCCUGGAGUUUGAAUACCAAGUGAUUGGUGAGCCAAAUCAGGAUGUUGGCUUUGUCAUGGUGUCACCAAGCGGCCGCAGACUUGCGUACGACUACCGGAGAUCUCACGCCAUCCACAAGCAGCACUCGUGCAGCCUUAAUAUGUUUCGGUUCUCCCCCUCCAGCGUGGAUGUCACAGAGGAUGGAGACUACAAGUUGUGCUUUGACAACAGCUUCAGCACGCUGACGAACAAGAUGUUGUUCUUCGCUCUGGUCAUCACCGGCCCAACCGCCAUCAAAGACGAGGACUUGAUCGGUGAAGUCAUCACAAACAGGACCGUGGAGUUCCGACUGCAGGACAUCAAGGGCAAGCUGGACUAUUUGUACUCGUCCCUCCAGAGGAGUCGUCUGAUCCAGCUGAUGCUGAAGAACUUCAACACCAGGGACCAGCACCUCCAAGACGACAACCUGUGGAGAGUGACCUUCUGGUCCGCCGUCAGCAUCUUGUCCAUCCUGACUGUGGCUGGCGUUCAGGUCUACGUGCUGCAGUCCCUCUUUCCUAAAAACACAUCCUGCUGAACACCCGCAGAAUUUCUCAAACCCUUUAUACAAGGAACAAAAACUCAAUUCUACAGUAUAUUUUAGAACACAAUUUUACAUUUCUAAGAAUAAAUUUUUUAGGUUGAAAGAUAUUUUAAAAAUAAACAUAUUACCAUUUACCAUGUAGUUAAAAUAAUGUAAUAUUGUUAAAAUUAAAAUAUAAAAAUAAAAAUAAAAUUUGGGUUAAGGUCCUAAUAGUACAUGAUUAUAGGCCAAUCCUCUUAAUGCAAAAAUUAAAAUAUUAAUAAUACUUAUAAUUAUUAAGUUAAUUAUUAAAUUAAAUAUGUAGGAAAUAAAAUAAUAGAAUUAUUAUAUAAUAAAAAUAAGAUUAAUCAAAUCAGAAAAACAUUUUUUCAGAGACUUAAGUCCUAAUAUCACUAGAUUUCUAUAAAUAAACUAAAUCUAGAGGGAAAAUUAAAAAAAAUUAGAAUAAAAUAAUCACCUUAAUUUUAAGACAAUAAGUCAUACUUAUUGUUAAAAAUAAUAAUAAAAUCAAAUCUCUCAAAAAUCCUAUUAAACAAUUGCAUUCAAAUGAAGUAUUACUAUUACCAGAAAAAAAAUUAUUAGAGGGGGUGUAAGAAAUAAAAGCAUUAAAAAAACUUUUAGUACCAAAAGCUAAAGACAUAACAGUAGUGCCCCAAAAGAUGUAAUUUGUGAUUAAACCUCCAAAAUGUUAGAAUUUUGUAAGAAAAAAAUGUAAUGUAACAUGGGUAAAGUUAACAUAUAAAAAUGUGUAAUGUCUUGUAAUACUGAAGAGAAAAAAAGUAUACAUUUAUGACAAAAAACUCCAAAUUAAAUCCAAAUAUUAGAAGGAAAAAUUCACAUGUGUGUAUACAUAUGAGCCACAUGAACCAUAUUUAUUUGUAUUAAUUUACACAUUUACAGUAUGUAACCAAAACAGUAAAAAGCAGCGCUCACAUUGGCAUUCUUGGUAUACACACCCACUUCCAUUGGACCAAGCAAUAAAAUAUCAAGUCAAUAA